AUGGAGAUUGAAAUAUUAAGCGUAUCCGGUUCCAAGCCACUGGGAAAAAUACGUGUGAAUGAGGAUGCCACUGUCCAAGAUGUGAAAGAAAAGAUUCAUCAGGGUUUAAAAAAAUCUAUGUAUCCUGAAAGACAAUCUAUCAAACUGGAAUCUAAAGGAAGGUCACUUAAAGACGAAACGACUCUGAAAUCUCUGAACGUAGGUGACGGAGCGAAAUUGUAUUUACAAGAUCUUGGACCACAAAUCUCUUGGCGUAAUGUCUUCCUAGCUGAAUACGCCGGCCCUCUGUUUGUUUACUUAUGGGUAUAUCAAAGACCCUGGAUUCUUUAUGGUGAUGUUACAUCAGCCCCAGGAACAGUCGCUACUGUUGCAGCAAUUUGUUGGUCUGUACAUUAUGCCAAGCGACUUCUAGAGACCGUUUUCGUCCACCGAUUCUCAAAGGGGACAAUGCCACUUCGGAAUCUUUUCAAAAACUGUUCAUAUUACUGGUUAUUCACCCUAUACAUUGCAUACCACAUUAAUCACCCACUCUUCACUGCCCCUUGCAACACAUGUUUGUAUGUUGGAGUAGCAGGUUUUACUAUCUGUGAAUUGGGUAACUUAAGCAUUCACAUCCUGUUGAAGAACUUGAGACCACCAGGCACUAAAGUGAGGCGCAUUCCCAAACCGGACGGCAACCCCUUCUCCAUACUUUUCAACUUUGUUUCUUGCCCCAAUUAUACUUACGAGUUCGGAUCUUGGUUCUUCUUCACAGUAUUGACCAAAUGUCUUCCAGCCGGUUUGUUUGCAUUGGUUGGUCUAUAUCAGAUGUCAGUAUGGGCUAUUGGAAAGCACCGUAAUUAUAAGAAAGAAUUCCCCGACUACCCAAAAGGCCGCAAAGCCAUCCUACCUUUUAUUCUCUAA